AAAAAGCACCCUAUGAACUGUCAAGUUACUUGGGGGUAUAAAUGCAGCCAGUCCUGUGGCUGAUGAGCAUUCUCUUAUAAAGCUGUAUGUAAAUCAGCUUCACAACAAUUCACGCUCUUCUUCCAAGAAUACUGAAGUAGAGCAGAGCAAACUGCUGGCUAGGGCUGCUCCAGCUUUCUUGAAAGGCAAAGGGUUACAGUACAGCCUCGAUGUUGCAGACAGGCUGGCCGAUGAACAUGUACUCAUCGGGUUGUAUGUCAACAUGCUGCAGAGCAACCCCGCACGCGUACUGGACAGCGCAAGUCGCCUGGAUGAAGAGCAUAAGCUGAUCGCCAGGUAUGCAGCAAGGCUGGCAGCAGAAACUUCUUCAUCACAGCAAGGUCAGCAGAGAGGGGCAUCAGAUAUCUCCUUCACCAUUGAUGCAAACAAGCAACAAAGGCAGCUGAUUGCAGAGCUUGAAAAUAAAAACCGAGAAAUUCUACAAGAGAUCCAGAGGCUGCGACUUGAACAUGAGCAAGCGUCUCAGCCCACACCAGAGAAGGCACAACAAAAUCCCACUCUCCUUGCAGAGCUCCGGCUCCUCAGACAGCGGAAAGAUGAACUGGAACAGAGGAUGUCUGCUCUCCAGGAAAGCCGGAGGGAGCUUAUGGUUCAGCUAGAAGGCCUCAUGAAACUGCUGAAGGAAGAAGAAUUGAAACAGACCCAAGGAGCAGGCUCCCCACGUUCCUCACCCAGCCACACUAUCAGUCGGCCGAUUCCAAUGCCCAUCAGGUCUGCCUCGGCCUGUUCCACCCCAACCCACGCACCUCAGGACUCUCUGACCGGGGUGGGAGGAGAUGUGCAGGAAGCCUUUGCACAAAGUGCAAGACGAAACUUAAGAAAUGAUUUGCUGGUGGCAGCAGAUUCAAUCACCAACACCAUGUCUUCUUUGGUAAAAGAACUCAAUUCUGAAGUGGGCAGCGAGACAGAAAGCAAUGUGGAUUCUGAAUUUGGACGGACUCAUUUUGAUGACCUUGUUCCGUCCCCAACAUCUGAGAAGGCUUUCCUCGCGCAGAUCCAUGCCCGGAAGCCAGGGUACAUCCACAGCGCCGCUGCCACCGGCUCCAUCCGCAGUGACAUGGUUACAGAAGAUGGAGACCCCUAUGUCAGAGCAGAUGAUGAAAAUUAUGAGAAUGACUCUGUCCGCCAGCUGGAGAACGAACUGAAGAUGGAGGAGUACCUGAAGCAGAAGCUGCAGGAUGAGGCAUACCAGGUCAGUUUGCAAAGUUGAGUGCAAUAUCCUUCUCUCUCCUCUCAAGCGAGCUGCAGUCAGGCAGACAACGAAAGCUACGUAAGAACUGAUGAUGAGGAGAGCUGCUUUCGGACAGACGAUGAAGAAAACUUGGCUGCAAACUUCACAGAAGAGUGGAACCAAGAGGUGCAGCGUCUCUUGACAAAAAAAUCACAUAACUAAGUUCUGAGGACUGUAGCACAGUACUUUUGUUCUAAGAGUUGUAGUUUGUAGAUGUGUGUUUUUGACAACAAGACUUUUGUUUAAAGCUAACUUAUAUUAGCUACAUCUUCUGUAACAUGGCUCAUUACCGGUGAAGACAACAGACUGACGUACGUACUGCUGUUACAAAGGAUGGCGGUAUUAAUAACUCACGUAAACCCUUUGCACAUGAUAUUGAACCUGUUCAGUUUACAAUGACAGUAUGUUUAUAGAUAGAAAUUUGAUUUCUGAAUACUUUGAGAUUUUAGUAGAUCAGUUUACUGUACACUGUACAUUUUUUCCACAGAAGAAAUAAAAAGCUACAAUUAUGCAUUUAACACUGAAUGAUUAUACUCCUGAGUGUAUAUAUCUAAUAGCCCAAAAAGCAAAGUACCAGACUAUAUUUACAAUUUGUUUGCAAGUCUUAAAAUUAAGACUUAUACAAAAUGUACUAAA